AUGUUCUACAGCCAUGAGAUGCUUUCGUCUCCUGAGCAUGGCGUGGCUACUAUCUGGCUUGUCGCGACGCUGGGCUCACGCUCCCUGACCCGUCGACUCAAUCGCAAGGCUAUACAGGAUGUGGACGUGCCCGAAGCUUGCAAUGUGAUUAUCAAUCCUGAAGCUCCUAUGGCGCUGCGCCUGCAGGGUAGUCUCCUCUACGGCGUGUCCAAGGUAUAUGAUCAGCAGUGUGGAUACACCUUGCUUGACGCGCAGACGAUGCGGGACAAGAUGGUCUCGAUGCUGAAGCAGUUGCCGGGAGGUGGUCUCGAUCCUAGUGCGGGAAAGACAAAGCCUACUAAUCUCAUCCUUCCCUACGACCUGAGUUUCAUUCCCGAAACCGGCCUGCCAGGAUUGGACAUCGACUUCGCUUUCACCGAAGCGGCUGCUGUUCAGACAUCAUCACAACGGUCUGAUAGCUGGGCGAGCUCCCCGGGUAACUACGUCUCGGGACACUCUCAGCUUGGAUUGAUCGAUCUCGACUUAUACGCGGACGAGUUUAUUGGUGCCGAAGGCCUUCAGAGCCUCCAUGUUGGCGAUGUUCCCUCCGGGGAGAAGAGAGGCCUGUUUGGGCGGAGGAGCCGUCCAGACCGUGAAGAUGAAGGCGUCCUGCUGCAGCCGGACUUCGAGUUUGAUGAGGAUGGAAAUCUGAUCGAGCUUGAUGAGAGCAACGACUCGCCGCGGAAGCGGAGAAAGGGCAAUUUCCAAGGAGAGCCGAUGGGAGCCUUGACUGGAGAACUGAUCCAAGACGAUGUCAUGAUGAUGAAUAUGAACAAAGAUGGUCCCCUGCCAGCUCGAGACGACGACCAACAGCCCCAGACCCUCCCCAGUCACAAGAAUGGUGAAGACCCGCGAGGACCUUCCGUAGAACGAAGACUGAUGGAGGAUGGCGAACUUGACCGCACUACAGAGGCACGCGCUCAUCAACGCAUUCGACGAGUCAAGAUGAUCGGCUUUGAUGACAACACCGCCUUACGCAACACAGAUUUGGCAAGGUGGAAUGACGAAUAUGCUGCGAACAUGGCUCAGGCGCUGAAGCAGAAGAAUCACAAUAAACUUCCGACUUUAGCGAAGAAAAACGCGCAAUACUGGGUUUUUGGCUUGGGCAUUGGGUCUAUUGGGCGAGGAUUGGGUCAGCAUCGUGAAAAGGGACCCUUGAGUCAAUUCUCGGGUGAUGCACUAUACAUGCUGCUCACACCCGAAAAGAGUUCUGCUCGAGCUGGAGAGCGCAAUAGACCCGAGAGACGCAGUGUUCACCAAGGGCAUGGUCAGAAAGAAAGGACCGGCUCGCUCGACGUUGAAAUCGCGCGUAACGCUCCGUCUAGCGCCUACAAUGACAGAUCUUCGGAAAUGCCUUGGAAUCUCACAGCAUCCCUACCUGGCUCGAUCCGAGGCCAGAGAUUUAGCAGCAUCUCUGGCUCGUCUGCUCGGCACCGAGGACGGCUGACAAGUGCCAGUCCACUCUCCGGGCGAAGUUAUGCAGACAGGCGUGAGCGCAACAGUAGCUUGUCCAUCUUGAACGCCGGCGAUGUCAUCGACAACCUUGAGGAACUGGAGAUCACCCGGUAUCUCGAAGGGGAGUUGGCCCCUGACAGAGAGGACAUCAGUGCGAUCUCAGCCCGGCGCAAAUCCGUCUUUGCUCGAGUUGUGUCCGCCCUGGAUACGGAGAGUCUCAACUUUCUUGACUUUAUCCAGACCAAGGUUGAGGAAACCAACAGCGACAGCUCUGGUGGAGUCACCUUUUCGGAGUUGCUGCCUCCAUCAAGUACUACACGCACCGUGGCCGCUCAAGGCUUCUUGAAUGUGCUUACCCUCGCAACCAAAGGCGCCAUUGGCGUGGCUCAAAAAUCAUGCGACAACUACGGCGUCUUUCCUCGGGGCGACCGCUUCCAAUAUGGGGAGAUUUUCCUUCAGUUGGCAGGCACUGCCUAA